UUUCGCUUUUCGUAUCCGAAGUAUCAUGAUAUCAGCGAAUCUUUACACGGAAGAUGGCUGCCCCCUUCACUAAUCACUUUGCCAAUAAUCCACGGAUGUGUUGAACGUUGUCUGUUCGGUAUAAUUUUCACUGGAUCCAGGGAGAGCCGAGAGUGAUCCUAUUUAUUCUAAGAUGUCAGAUCUACAAGCAAAGUAUCAGAAACUGGCCCAAGAGUUUGCAAAAGUGCGUGCUCAAAACCAGGUGCUGAAGAAAGCGGUCAUCGAGGAGCAAGCCAAGCAGAAUGAUGCAAAGGAGCAACUCAAAAUCCGUGAUCAGAAAAUCCGGAAGUUCGAGCAGGAGCUGGACAGCUUGACCUUCCGUAACCAGCAGCUGACCAAGAGGGUCAAUGUCCUGCAAGAUGAACUGGACAUACAUGAAUCAAAGGGCAAAAAGAGCAAGAAUAAAGACAUGGACAAUGCCACUCAUGUGAAGACAUCGCCCAAUGUGAUAGGAGAGGAACUCAGAGGAAAAAUACAUGAAAACGAAACACUCCACAAACAGCUCUAUGACCUAUCUGAAGAACACAGGAAAAUAGUGACAGAGCUUAGCAGUAAACUGGCCAAUCUAGAACGUGACAGUAGCCAGCAUCAUAGCGUGAUAGAGGCAUCUGAGAAACAAUUCAAGGAGACCCUAGAACGGCUUCAGCAGGAGAGGGCCAGGAUGGAGGUACAGCUCCAGGCCAGAGACAAAGAGGUACGUGAAGCCCUUAUCAAGGCUGAACAGUGUUCCGAGGAGCUGAGGAGAACUAAAGAAGAUCUCGGUAGCAAGUUAUCUUGGGCGACCCGUAUCAUCCAAGAUAAACUACCAUUCAAUGAUGAAGAGCUACCUGAGUUGAGUAGAUUGAAUGUACCAGCACAUGACAAGAAGCACCAGCAUCGGAGUAUGGAACUGAUGAAUCAGGCAUCUUCCCUGGUUAAAGAACUCUGUGCCGGACUAUCCAACUUCCACACGUACACAGAGCAAAGAUCAAAGAUAUUUCCCAUUGAUUCUGCAAGUGGUAUGCCUAUCAGCCAAGUUAACCAAAAAUUCUGUAGCCAUCUUCAUGAAAACGCUUCAUACCUAAGACCAUUAGAACAGUCCUUUGCAGCUUUCAACGAAAGUACUCGGGAUGAUGCUCUUACAACAUUGGAAACAGCUACCGGCCUUCAAGACUUUGCUGCUAAGUUCAGUAAAUAUGUUGCUUAUCUCCAGAAGCUUUUACCUUAUCAACUUCUAAGCAUCGAAGAAGAAUGCCGUCUAUCUACCUGUUCUCAGACGUUAGAAUCCCGUAACAUGGAGCUCCAUUCCUCACUACAACGAAUGUCCUCCGUCUUCACCACUGUCGAGAGUUAUGUUAGUCUCCUUGCGUCCGCUAGUACCACAUCCUGUGAGUGUCCUCAGGCAAACUUCAAGACGAUCUUUGAGAAGCUUGCCGAGAGUCUUACCAACCUUUAUGAAGUCAUGAAAGAUUUAUCAAAGAAUUAUAACUUCAAGGUGUCUUUAGAACACCAGCUACCAAUAGCAUCUCAGAAACUCAAGACUACAGAUGAGUGUGUUGUAUCAUCCCUUAUAUCAUUAGUAACGUGUACAGGAAAGAUUUCUAACUUCAUGAAGACCAACCUAGAUUUCUUCAAAAGUCCAGUAGGUUAUGGGAAUAGUAAAGGUUCUUCUACAGGAGGUCAGAGCACAUCACCUUGUGUGCCAUUACUACGACAGAGAGCAGUAGCUUAUAUGGCUGCAUUGAAUAAGCCUUGCCCUGAAACAGUGCCAUACUCCACGGCCGUCCAGAACCAACGGAUACUGCUCAGCUCCACAGAGAGCAAGGAGGGUCUCGCCCAGCAGGUGGCCUCCUCCAGCUCCAGGAUAGCCCGGCUGGAGCAGGAGAAGGAGCAUUGGGUCCUGGAGGCUCAGCUCCUGCAGAUCAAAUAUGAUAGGGAGAUACAGCAAAAAGAAGAAAAUGGUGAGAAAUCUACUGAAUUGGAAGGAGCCCUCAAAGGCCAGGGAGGACCAACCAUCAGACAGUCACUUUCUCAAGAUAAGAUUCCGCCCUCAACGUCAGCUUCCAAACCAAAUGACAUUGUCCAAGAUACUUCCAUGCUUGGAAGAGCUGAUAAAUUAGCGAUGGAUUUCGGUGGCAGUGACGAAACAUCUCGGGAGAAUAUGAUCAAGAGCCAUUACACAUCUAGACUAUCAGAACUAACUACACAUCAACAGAUUUGCGACAGUAAAGGAGUCAACUUCAGCGCAGAGGUAUGUCAAUACAUUAGUAAUGUGUGUGUGUGUGUGUGUGUAUAUGUGUGUAUGUGCCUACUUAUAAUCACCCUGUAAUCGGGGACAAAAUUGUGACACUCCACUAUCACACUGAGGACAUCACUAAAAACUGGAAUGGUCCCUAUUUUUGUGAACUCUCAAAUAGCUGCAAAUCUAAGGUAGGUGGUGCCAAAGUACUUUUGAAAAUGGCCCAAAUCAUGCAUUUGUAUGCACCCUAAAGUCCCGCCUACUAGUGAAUUGUCGUACACAAUGAUGCAGAGGGGAGUGUGUCCCCACUUAUAUACAGAGUAUGUUUUAUAAUGUUCCUGUUUGGCAGGAAUUGCAAUUAUAUGUGUGUGUAUAUGUGUAUAUGGAUGAAUGAUGAUAUUUCAUUUGUAUUACAAUUAAAACUACAUGAUUGUUUGUUGACUGUCUAUAAGCAAUGAAUCGUGUUUUGGUUUACAUAAACUAAACUUUGGAAAAAAAAUCAAUUUCGUCACUGAUUAAUCCUUGAAUUUUGUUUAAAUAUGAAAUUAUUAUUAUUUCUUUUUACAGUUUGAAAAUUUCAAAUCUUGAUAGAUCUAUUUGGCAUGAUCAGUUUUUAAAUCACCCCCCCCCCCCACACC